AUGGUGUUGCCAUGGCGAUACGGGGGCUCCAUCAUUGCGGCUCUUGAAGAACAUGUGGACCCCGCCUACGGCAGCCCAGUUCAAGCUCCGCCCACUGAGAUGCCAGGUGUAUUCAGUGAUGAUGAUGAUGGUGAAGAAGACGUUGAGGAUGCUUCAGGGCAGGAAGUGGAGGCUGCCAGUGCUGAAGUGGCACCAACACAAAGCACAGCGACAACAUCCUCCAAACCAGACUCUAACCUGCAGGUGUCCACAACAGGACUGGAAGGUGACAGAGGUGAACCAGGUCCACAAGGACCCGCCGGCCCUGCAGGAGAAGGUGCUGGAUUAGGAGCCGAGCCUGGACCUCGUGGUCCACCGGGUCCUCAGGGACCUUCAGGCCCACCUGGAGCUGCGGGGAAAGAUGGCCAGCCUGGAAGCAAAGGAGAAACUGGCACCCUCGGAGCAAAUGGCAUUCCAGGAUUCCCCGGACUUCAAGGAGAGCCAGGACCCAAAGGAGAAAAGGGUGAUACUGGUGUUGGAAUGCCUGGUCUUCCAGGACCUCCUGGAACUCCAGGGCGCGUAUCCUUCCUGGAUGGCUCAGGUUCAGGUUUGGAGGACUUUGAUGGAGAUGCAGAAAUCAUCCGAGGACCCCCUGGUGCUCCUGGACCUCGAGGACCCCCUGGAACACCGUCUGAGGCUGGCAUACCUGGACCAUCUGGGCCUCCUGGGAAAGACGGGGAGAAUGGAAAACCCGGACUUCCUGGAGUGGAGGGAAACAAUGGAGAGCAAGGACUUGCUGGGGAGAAAGGAGACAAGGGAGAACCCGGAGUGAGCGGCGGACCAGGACUAAAGGGAGAUCAGGGCCCUGCAGGAUUCCCAGGACUUCCGGGCCCAGAAGGGACAUCCGGUCCCAGAGGUCCACCAGGCCCUCCUGGACCUCCCGGACCACCUGCUAAAGGCUCUCUCUUUGAAUUUGAGGACUUGGAAGGGUUUGGAUCGGGACAACCAGGAGUGCCAGGACUUCGAGGAGCCAAGGGUGAAGAAGGUCUGCAGGGUCCUGCAGGAGAGCCAGGUCUUAAGGGGCAGCCCGGUGCUGCAGGUCCAACAGGGCCCGCAGGACCAGAAGGAGCGAAAGGUUCAGAGGGUCCUAAAGGAGACGUUGGCGCCCCAGGAGUUAAGGGGGAGCCAGGACGGGAUGGACUUAGCCUAACUGGCCCUGCAGGACCUCCUGGCCCUCCAGGAUCUUUCAUCAACCUCCAGGAGCUGCUACUUAACGACACAGAUGGAGUCUACAAUCUCUCGGGGAUUUUCGAGGCUCAGGGUCUCGCAGGACAACCAGGCCUUAAGGGAGACACUGGACUGCAAGGUCUUCAAGGAUCAUCAGGACUCAAGGGCGAAAAGGGCGAGCCGGGAAUUAUCAUUGAUGAGAAUGGAUCCACGUCAAGCCUGUCUAAUCUCGUGGGACAUAAAGGGGACAAGGGUGAUGAAGGUGCAAGUGGGCCUGCUGGGACACCAGGACCAAUGGGAAUGCCUGGUCCAAAGGGAGAAUUUGGCUUCCCAGGUAGACCUGGACGUUUGGGAGUGUCGGGACCAAAAGGAGAGAAAGGAGACUCAGCCGGCCAGCCUGGUUUUCCAGGCCCUCCUGGACCACCGGGUCGUCCCGGGAUAUUCCGAUACCCCCAAGGAACGGUGUUCCCCAUCCCUCCUCGGCCUUUCUGCAAAUUGCCUCUCAAUGGAACCAUGACCAUCGGCAACUGUAAAGACGGACAGAAAGGAGAAAAGGGAGAGCGAGGCCUUCCCGGUGUCCCAGCGCCACCUCAGUUUAUGAGAGGAGGCUGGGGAAUGAAGGGCGACCGGGGCAUCAAAGGAGAACAUGGCCAGAAGGGGGAUACAGGGUCACCCGGGCAACCAGGUAGCCCUGGGAGACAAGGACUGGUGGGACCCAAAGGAGACUCCAUGGUCGGCCCUCCAGGCCAGCCCGGUACAUCUGGCGCCACAGGCUUCGGACAAGCUGGACCACCUGGACCUCCGGGACCACCAGGCCCUCGAGGAGGUCAUGGAGGGUACACCUCAGGUGCAGGCUCAGGUGGAAACGCUUUGACUUACACCGGACCCCCCGGACCACCUGGACCUCCCGGCCCACGCGGAGGAGGCUUUGCUGCUGUGAAAACCUUUGCCACCUUGGAGGCGAUGAUGCAACAGACGGUCAGAGACGCCGAGGGGACGCUGGUCUUAGUCACAGGGACAGGAAGUCUCUUCCUCAAGGUCUCACAGGGAUGGAAGGAGAUACAGCUUGGCAGUCUGCUCCAGCACUCCAACAACGUCAUAACACAACCUGAGCCUCGCACUGCACAGCUGAUCAAAGCCGACAGAAUCAAGCGAGUGCCCUCGAUUAAAGACCGACUCAACCUGGUGGCCCUCAACCAGCCGCACUCGGGCGACAUGAUGGGCCUGGACAACGCCGACCAGCUGUGCUACCAGCAGGCCAGAGCCAUGGGCCUUCCCAACAACUACAGAGCCUUCAUCUCCUCCAGCAAGCAGGACCUGGUCCACGUGGUCCACCCCGUCUUCAGGGAGACUCUGCCCGUGACCAACCUCAGGGGGGACGUGCUCUUCGGGAACUGGAGGUCCAUCUUUAACGGCGAAGGGGGCGCCAUCAACGCCAGGAUACCAAUUUAUUCCUUUGAUGGACGGGACGUUCUCGCGGACCCCUUUUGGCCUCGGAAGAGCGUCUGGCACGGCUCCACCAGCAGGGGGCUGCGCGUGGUGGACAAGCACUGCGAAACGUGGCGGGCCGACCACAUGUCCGUCACGGGCCAGUCCUCCAGCCUGACCUCGGGUCUGCUCCUGGGCCAGGAAACGCGGAGCUGCUCCAACGAGUACAUCGUCCUGUGCGUGGAGACACACAAGAACCCUUAGCGACGCCACGCCGUCACAGACUGUGCUGUAGUCGAAGGUGCUAAAACCGCGCCGUCCCGUUUGUGCCUUGACACAUCGUCCCUUCGGCACAUAAAAUGGAGCAUUGAUGGAGGGCCACUUUUCACUUAGAUGUAGACAAUGAUUCCAUAAAAAUGUGCUAGAUGUUAGCCUAAUCUAUGCAGCCAAGAGACCAAAUUGACACAUUCCCAUAAAAUUGUCCACCAUGAAGAUGAAGAAGUCCUCCACUAGCAGGGAACUUGAGGCUUUUUUUUUGUUAUGUUUACAGGUUGUCAUGGAGAUUUCUUUCAAAACAGUAUUUAACUUUGGAAUGGUCACAGUUUGUUUCCACUAUUUCCAUUCUUUCUGCCCCUCCAGUGACCACCAAAUUGAAAUGCACUGUACUUCAAUCUUUGUUUUCAGCUCAAUAGGCUAUCUAAUUUAAAUCCAGUGAAUUAUUUAUACCGUCACUGCACAUAAACAUGAAAUCAGAAGAUCUACGAAUGUAAUUUAUUAUUUGUCUCAUGUUGUGUCUCUUUAUUAUUUUGUACUUUGUUUUUUGUUUUUUGCAACUAGUAGAAUACAUGAAUGGAGAUGAGUUCACAUGCAUUGACUUGAUGCUGGACUUUUUGCAUUUUUAUCUCGCUACAUUAUUUCGUGCUGAAAAAUAAAAUGUUGAAAAAUUCCGAA